AUGGGGAAUACAUGCUGUAGUAAUCAACCAAUUGAGACAGGUAUUUUUAGGAUUUAUACAUCAUGUAGAGAAGUAAAUAGAGGAGCGACCAGAGGACCCAGGAAAAAAAACAGAUUAGGAGCCUAAUAAUGUCGAGGAGCCUAUCAAAUAAAUAAUUUGUAAGUUAGAUAAAUUUAGAAUAGCAUAUCCAACUUUGUCAGUGUAGCCUUCGUUAUUCAUACAAAUGAAAAGAGAGACUAUCUAUAGUACUUAUUAGGUGGGGAAGUUGUUGGGAGAAGGUUGAAAUUUUAGAGAUAUUCUUAUUAGGCGCCUAUGGAUAGGUCUCUAUUGUAACGCAUAGAGUAACUGGGAUGCAAAGGGCAAUGAAGGCAAUCAGGAAGGAUUGUCUGUUUGAAGAAGAAUAAGCCAAGCUUUUUUCAGAAAUGACAAUAUUGAAAAAUCUAAAUCAUCCUCACAUUGUUAAUCUUUUUGAAUUGUUUGAAGACGAAAAGUUUUAUUAUUUAAUAACAGAGUAACUGUGUAACCCAUAUUGUAGAUAUUUACAAGGAGGCGAACUCUUCGAUCGUAUUCAGAAGGCCAAAAGCUUCAGUGAGGCAGAUGCUGCUCGAUACAUGAAAUAAGUGAUCUCUGCAGUUGCAUAUUGUCAUUCAAACAAUAUUGUACACAGAGAUCUAAAACCAGAAAAUAUCAUUUUUGCAUCCGAAGAUCAAUAUUCAACUUUGAAAGUCAUUGAUUUUGGUACAUCACGCAAAUUUGAUAAAAAUUAAAAUAUGUCAAAACGAUUAGGAACUGUAAUUUACACUCUUAUUCUUUAGCCAUAUUAUAUUGCACCUGAAGUCUUAUAAAAGAAGUAUAAUGAAAAAUGUGAUGUGUGGUCUUGUGGUGUCAUUCUCUACAUUCUCUUAGCUGGAUAUCCUCCCUUCUAUGGUCGCAAUGAAACUGAAAUCUUUGAUAGAAUCUUGAAAGGCAAAAUCCCAUUUCAUACUACUGAAUGGAAUAAGAUAUCAAAAGAAGCUAAGAACCUAAUUACUAAUAUGUUGUGUUAAGAUGUCGAAAAGAGAUAUUCUGCUUAAUAAGUUUUGGAUGACCCUUGGAUGCAAUAAGGAUAAGAGCAAAAUUUGGUUGAUGACAAUUUCUUAAAAAAUCUCACUGAAUUUAGUGCCAAGAGCAAACUCAAAUAAGCAUUGCUCACCUUUAUGGCUAGUCAAAUGAUUUAGCCAAAGGAAGUUGAGCAAAUUUAAGAGCUAUUCAAAUAAAUGGACAAAAACAAUGAUGGAAAACUAUCAAAGGAGGAAUUAGUAGCCGCAUUUCAAUAGAAAGUGCAGAGUAAGGAUAGAUUGAUUGAAAACAUGGAGACAAAAAUCAAUAAAAUUGUAACUGAAAUCGAUGUCAAUUUAUCUGGAUAUAUUGAUUAUACAGAGUUUAUUAUGGCCUGUUUAAAAUAUGAGAAAUUGUUGACUAUUGAGAAAAUCAAACAAACCUUCAGAAUAUUCGAUCUUGUAAUUCAUACAUAUUAUAUUAGGAUGGUGAUCAAUACAUUUCUAAGGAAGAAUUAUCAUAAAUCAUGGAGGGAGUGGACGAUGAUAUUUGGAAGUAAUUCUUAGCUGAAUGUGAUCAAGAUAAUGAUGGCAAGAUUUCAGAAGAAGAGUUCAUCAAUCUGUUACAAGAUAAAUUUUGA